AUUUACAGUUUUUUAAGUGUUAAGUCGCGUUAUAUUAACCAUAUUUUUAAUACCGAUAAAUAUACACAUAAUUUGUAUACAAACUGUACACUAAUUAUAACAUAAAUAUAAUACUAAUUACUAUUAGCUAUCAGUAGUCGCGAGCCAUGAGUGUAACCGCGACUCACAUACUGUCGACAAUCGCCUUAACCUGCCUUAUGGUGGGCACAGGUAUGUCGGGCGAGAUCGGCGUACCGGUGCUGCUAUGGCGACAGCGAGACCCUCACACCUCCCAGUCGUUGGCUGAGGGGCUGGUAGGCGCCGGCGGGUCAACCGUACAGCAGUUGGACGCCCAGGCCUUCGCCGACGACUACCUGUCCACCGCCGAUACGGUGGUGGCGUUCGUGCAGAACCGGCUCAGUUUGGAACAGUUCAGCGCCGGUAGUAGUAGUGAUGGGCACCGGCAGCUCGAGUCCGUGCGCGGGCUGUUUACGGACGCAGCGGUGGCGCCGACCGUACUGACCGACGUGUUGGAGCCCACACUGGCCUUAAAGCGACGCCACUUCCGCCACGAAGACCCGGAUAACUCUGACAUAACCAUCAAAAACGGCGACAAAGUAUGGAUCGAAAUGCCCGGCGAUAGUCUCGUCGACAACGACCGCCUAAUAGGAGAACUCCUGUCGAAAAUACGCGAAAACAUCACCAAAAACACGGUAUUCCUCAUCACCGGCCGUCACAAUCAGUUCCGAUCCGUCGAUCUGGAGGACAGGGAUGAAGAGGACAGUCGUACCAAAGAGUUGAAACGUGUGCGCAGGGCUGACCCCACGCCCGCCCCCGAGGAUGACCCGCUACUGAUAAAGGUGGGCGCCGUGGGACAGAGGUGUCUAUACUAUUACACGACA